CGUGAAGUGCACAGAGCUUCGUGAUUUCUUUUCCAAGUGCGAGAAUGGCGGAUACGCAGAAGAAAGCUCCUGCCGCCCCAGCUACUCCUGCUGCACCAGCUACUCCUGCUGCACCAGCUUCAGCAGCCCCCAAAGCUGCUAAAGCUGCCAAAGCUGCUCCUGCAGGGAAAAAAUUGCCGGCCGUUCCUGAGUCUGUACUCAAGAGGAGAAAGCGUCGCGAUAAUGCUAAAGUUGCAGGACUCCAAGUAUCGAUCAAGCGCCGUGCAGAUCACUACAAGAAGAGGAAAGAAAUCUUCAAAAGGGCUGAGCGUUAUGUUAAGGAGUACAGAACUAAGGAGCGUGAUGAGAUUAGGUUGAUUAGACAAGCUAAAAAUCGUGGAAAUUAUUAUAUUCCUGGAGAAGCUCGUCUUGCUUUUGUCAUCCGUAUUCGUGGUGUUAAUCAAGUUGCUCCCAAGGUCCGCAAAGUACUUCAGCUUUUCCGUCUGAAGCAGAUUAACAAUGGUGUGUUUGUAAGAUUAAACAAAGCCACUAUUAACAUGCUGCGAAUCGUUGAGCCCUACAUCACCUGGGGAUACCCUAACCUGAAAUCUGUUCGCGAAUUGAUCUAUAAACGUGGAUUUGCUAAGAUCAACAACCAGCGAAUUCCGAUCACGAGUAAUUCAAUCAUCGAAAGGAAAUUGGGUCGCUCUGGCAUCAUUUGUACUGAAGAUUUGAUCCAUGAGAUCUUUACCGUUGGCGUCAAAUUCAAGUAUGCCAGCAACUUCCUCUGGCCUUUCAAGCUAAACACCCCCAACGGCGGAUGGCGCAAGAAGACCAACCACUACGUCGAGGGUGGUGACUUUGGAAACCGUGAGGACAAAAUCAACGAACUCCUCAGACGAAUGGUUUAGAUUUACAAUAAACUUGACAAAUAAAACUAUACGUCCUAAAAAUCAA